AUGGCGUCUCCGGCCGGAAACAACAGCGAGGGCAGCAGCAAGCCGCAGCCGCAGCCGCAGACGCUGACGUCUGAGCAGCCGCCGCGGCCGUCGAGCUCAGCGGCGUCGCAGCUCUCGUCGCACGGCCGCGGGGGCGCUGGCAACAUGGCCGAUGCCCGGCAAUCGCCCAAGCUCAAGCCGUCGGACCUCGAGACGCCCGUCCUCAAGAAGCCCGUCGUGACCACGGGCCGCGGCGGCACCGGGAACAUGGCCAAGAACGAGGACCCGUAUGAGACUCGCCUGCGCCAGGACGUUGAAGGCAUCCCCCGCCGGUACUCGUCCGGCGCGCAACACGCAGGCCGAGGCGGCGCCGGCAACUUCUUCCGUGACGACGACAACGGCGGCGGCGGCGCCGACCUGGCGCGCAAGGGCAGCCGCGAGCAGGCUGUCGUGGACGACGGGGCCGCGCCCGCUGCGGGCCGGACCAGCAGUCCCGUCACGCCGGGCGCGAGCGACUCGCUCGCCGCCAAGGGCAAGAAGAGUUGGCUGUUUGGCAAGAAAGCGUAG